UUAUAUAAGCACCAAAGGAGAGAGACCCUAGAAACCUCAGAGCCUUCUUUCCUACCGGAUGAAAUGACAUGGGAGAUGGAGCUGGAUGAAAUUGAAGCGAUCUUGGAGAAAAUCUGGGACCUCCACGACAAGCUCAGUGAUGCCAUCCACUCAAUCUCGCGGACUCAUUUUCUCAACUCCGUCAAAGCGCUGAGGAAGCCCGAGAAGAUUAAGAGGCCCUCUUACGACGGCAAAAACAUCCACAACGACGUCGCUGAGGGCGAAGAUCGAGCCACCGGGUUCGUAUUCGUCAAGGACUUCCGGUUGGAAGACGAAUCCACCAUCCAGGAGGCCAAGAGCCUCAACGCCAUUCGGAUCGCGCUUGAGAACCUCGAGGACCAGCUUGAAUUUUUCCAUACUGUUCAAAUGCAGCAGCAGGCUGAGAGAGAUGCUGCAAUUGCCCGGUUAGAACAAAGCCGGAUAGUUCUUGCAAUGAGAUUGGCUGAACAUCAUGGUAAGAAGUACGAAGUCAUUGAAGAAGCUCUGGCAUUUGUACGUGAUGCAGGUCACUUUGUUUCACCUGAAAAACUUUUUGGUCACCCAUAUAGUCCAUCUGGUGAGAAAGUCGUAGUUCAUGAAGAGAAGAGGUCAAAUAUACUCAUCAAAUUUCUUGUUUCAAGUUUUGAUUUUGCGAAAAAAUCCCUUAAAUCGGAUCAAAUGGGUGGGAUACUGGGAAAUGCUGCUCUGGUUGCAGUUAGCAUGAUUGCAUGGCUGCAUCUGCAUCAGGUAGCUUAUAAGAAUCAUCCACAGAAGCGCGAAGAUAUCUACGGGAAUGGAAAUCUGAGACAGACUUCUUGGCCGGAGGAAUCAUCACAAAACCAGUUGGAUGUGUUGGCAGGCAGGGGUUGAGUCGAGAAAUUGAAUUCUGCAAUGACGCAGGGGAUUGCUGAUCUGAUUUUGAAAAAGCUUCGCUUUGUUGUCUUUCAAGCCUCUCCCACGAAAGUUUAAAAGGGUCUACUGGCAAACUAGUAAGGAAGUAUGACAAUCAUGAUUUUACGAUUUGUAGACUGUUGUUGGAUCUACAAGUGAGGCUAUUCGAGUGUGAUUUCUAUUUUAUAGUCGUUUCCUAA